AUGAGGCCGUCGCUGAUGAGAUCCACGUUCCAGCUCCUCCGCCGCCGGAGCUACUCCUCCGCAUCCGGGCAGCCUGAGCGGAAGGUGGCCAUCCUCGGCGCGGCGGGGGGCAUCGGGCAGCCGCUGUCGCUGCUCAUGAAGCUCAACCCACUCGUCUCGUCGCUCUCGCUCUACGAUAUUGCCGGCACCCCAGGUGUCGCGGCCGACGUCUCCCACAUCAACUCCCCCGCCCUGGUGAAGGGCUUCAUGGGAGAGGAACAGCUUGGGGAAGCGCUAGAGGGCUCUGACGUGGUAAUCAUCCCGGCUGGCGUGCCGAGGAAGCCCGGCAUGACCAGGGACGACCUCUUCAAUAUCAACGCUGGCAUCGUUAAGAACCUCAGCGCCGCCAUCGCCAAGUACUGCCCUAAUGCCCUUGUCAACAUGAUCAGCAACCCUGUGAAUUCAACUGUACCAAUUGCUGCUGAGGUUUUCAAGAAGGCUGGGACAUAUGACGAGAAGAAGUUGUUUGGCGUGACCACCCUUGAUGUUGUUCGUGCUAAGACUUUCUUUGCUGGGAAGGCAAAUAUACCAGCCACCCCUGCAACCAACUCAUUAUCUGAUGAAGACAUCAAGGCUCUCACCAAGAGGACACAGGAUGGUGGGACUGAAGUUGUUGAGGCAAAGGCUGGGAAGGGCUCUGCAACCUUGUCCAUGGCGUACGCUGGUGCUGUUUUUGCAGAUGCAUGCUUGAAGGGUCUCAAUGGAGUUCCGGAUAUCGUUAAGUGCUCUUUUGUUCAAUCAACUGUAACAGAGCUUCCAUUCUUUGCAUCCAAGAUGGUUAUCCUAGUUCACCUUUUCCUUUUUCUUUUGUGUGUUGAUGGUUUUUCUUGGUUUGUCCAGUUGCAUGGUUGA